CUUCGCAGCUUGCUGGAGGUCUCCCUGAGCUCUGACCUGCACACGCUCAACCUGCACUGUAACCGCAUCGCCAGAAUCGAAGGGCUCAGCCACCUCCGGACGCUGCAGCAUUUAGAUCUGUCAUCCAACCAAAUCUGCCGGAUCGAGGGGCUAAGUUCCCUGGCUAACCUGCGCACCCUAAGCUUGGCCUGUAACCUGAUAACGAAAGUGGAGGGACUGGAAAAACUCUUUAAUUUAACUAUGCUGAAUUUGUCAUAUAAUCGCAUACAUGACCUCUCUGGAUUUCAGUGCCUUCAUGGAACCAGUCAUAAGAUCAGCCAUAUUGACCUUCACAGCAACUGUGUAAACAAUAUUAACCACUUACUUCAGUGCACAAAGGGGCUGCGCUGUUUGACAAACCUGACACUGGAAAAAAAUGGAAAAGCCAAUCCAGUUUGUCACACAGCAGGUUAUAGAGAAACUGUUCUACAGAUGUUGCCCCAGCUGACGUCUCUAGAUGGAAGAAAUACUUCUGGUGAACCAGUGAACCCGGCAGAAGAGAACUGUGCAGAUUUGCAGUGUUUAGAAGACAUUUUGGGCUCUUUGAUUUCAUCUGCAUACCCCUCAUCCAGAGAUCAG